AUGUCUACCGCAACCACAGACGCAACGACGCCAGCAAAAACAGCCUCAGCUGUUAAGGUGACCGGCAAUGAUACCGCGCAGCAAUUCGAUAAGGUUGCUCAGACCAUUAGAGGAGCCAUCAUUGCCUCGCUUCCUUGUGCCUUUGAGCAAUUUGUCACAAUUUCCAUGCCCGGCCAGAUCAUCGAUACCAGGCCCGGCAAAGCAUAUGUGCCCUCUGCAAAGCCGAGUAGUGGCGAGCUCCACAAGAUCCGUGUCAAUGAGGCCAGGCUUGUGGAUUCCAUGAUCCCUCUCGACACUAUGAUGUUGGGACCAACCGGGAAAAGCGUGUCCCGAAGUUACCUUGCAGCACUCGACUACCUCGUUCCGAGCGAAACAGAGCUUACGCUGUCCCUAAUUAACAAAGACCAAGACGAUAAGCCACCCACCAAGUAUGGUGCUGCAAUGAGAUACCUCCGAAAACCGCUCCCGGGUAUGCCGACAAAGACUCCUGUUGAUAUUUAUGUGGAAAAACAAGCACUUUUCACCGCUGCUCAGGCAAAGUGGGACGCAAUUCAAGACAAAAAUGCUGCGGAAAUGGAGACAAACCCUGAUGAUAUGACGGCGGAAGAAAUGGAAAAGAGAACGUCCCGGAUGAGAAUGGCCAGAUACGAACUUCAAGCCCGCUGGAUGGAUUGGGUUGUCAAUGGUGACAAGAUUCUUGUCGAUCAUAAUUUUGCUGUUGUGGACAUCUCGACUGUCAUGGCACGUAUUGAGGCGAGCAAGGAAGCCGUAAGAGCGUCCAACAUCUUGGAUCUUGUCGACGGUACUCAAUGGGCCCAAGUCAGACUUGAGCCUCAGCACUGGGCUACGCUGUGCAAAGAGAAGGCAGAGGCCUGGGUUGAGAAUAACCCAGUCUCGCCUGCAGUUCUACAGCGAGAGAUUGAUCGCCUAAACCUUCUUCUUGCGGCAUAUGAGGGUUUUAAGGACUGGAAUGACACCAAAACCAACCCCGAAGAAAAAGGUGAACCAGCUGAGACACCGGAAACAGCGCAAUACUCGAAGGACACAUACCUUAAUGUCUACAUUGCCGAAGGGGAGCUCAAGAAAGCUAAGGAAGAGACACCGGACAACGCCACAGCUAUUUCUGCCGCAGAAGAGAAGUAUAAGAAUGCCGUCAUAACUCUUGACGCAAUGAUCAAGGCCGGCACAGCUCAGGGAGAUGUAAAGAUGAAAGCAUUGAAACUAUCUUCCGGGAGAGGGAUCAACAACUCAAUUCAAGCAAGGCUAAGGAGCAUCAAAUCACAGAUCAGCAUACUAGAAGAUCGUCUGAAGGAGAGCAGCGAGUCAGUUGGUAGAGAUAUCAGCGCCCACCUCGCGGUCAACAAGAAGGGGGAGGAAUAUACCCUUGUCGAUGCUACGGAGGCUCAGAGUGAAGAGAAUAAGAACCUUCUCAAUGGAUCAUCAACUAGAUCUAACAAGAAGCCUGAUCCAUGGACCACAAUCUCAUUCGAACAUGAGGCCAAAAGUGAUUCGACUUCGACAGAAGCUAAAUCAAUGAGUGCCAAAGUCAACAUGAAGUAUGGCGGCUUCUUCGGCGGGGCAUCGUUCCAUCAUGAAAUGGCGAGUUCGAAGAUCAAGGGUACAUUUUCGGCCAUGAUGGUUCGAAUCUCUAGACCUUGGCUUCACAGCGAGCUUUUCCAUGACUAUGAAAUUGACACUCCACAAACAACCAAACUUAGUCCUGGCGCAGUCCAAAUUCAGGCCAUGCUAGCCGCAAGGAACGACGAAGCGUUGGCAGAAUAUGGGCUUUUUCCAACAUACCCAACUGCAUUCAUUGUUGCUGCAAAUACUGAAAUUGAGAUCGCAUGUGGAGAAGCCCAUGCAGAUGAAUUCAUGAAAGCAUCUGCAUCAGACACAAACAUGUCUGUUAGAUAUGGCCCUUGGGGCGCAAAAGCAAGCGCAAAUCUCAAAACUGAGAACUCGAGCGCCAACUCAAGAAUGGAGGCCACCGCAACCGGAAUGAAACUCUCAUUCCAGGCACCACAGAUCAUCGGCUGGGUCAGCGAGAUUUUGCCACAAUUACCCCGAGCCAAGAAGACCCCAGAGGGAGGGUUGACCGGGGGCCCUAUCGCGCUCUUCAGGAACAGUGAUUAG